GAUCUACCCAGCAUGCCUAAUCAAGGAGAAGACUGCUAUUUUUUUUUCUACUCAACAUGUACCAAAGGUGACAGCUGCCCGUUCCGUCACUGUGAAGCUGCACUAGGAAAUGAAACUGUUUGCACAUUAUGGCAAGAAGGACGAUGUUUUCGACAGGUGUGCAGGUUUCGGCACAUGGAGAUAGAUAAAAAGCGUAGUGAGAUUCCUUGUUAUUGGGAAAAUCAGCCAAUGGGAUGUCAGAAGCUAAACUGUGCGUUCCAUCACAACAGAGGACGCUAUGUUGAUGGCCUCUUCCUGCCGCCCAGCAAAACUGUGUUGCCCACUGUACCUGAGGCACCAGAAGAGGAAGUGAAGGCUAACCAGCUCACAGUUCAACAGAACAAAUUGUCUGUCCAGUCUAACCCUUCCCCACAGCUUCGGAGUGUUAUGAAAGUUGAAAGUUCAGAAAACGUUCCCAGCCCCACACAUCCACCAGUUGUAAUCAAUGCUGCAGAUGACGAUGAAGAUGAUGAUGAUCAGUUCUCUGAGGAAGGUGAUGAAACCAAAGCACCUAACCUGCAAGUACCUCCUGAAAUUCAUAAUGGACUGCGAGUGGCUUCUGUCCGGAAACCUGGACUCAGUGUAAAGCAAGGUGAAUGUUUGAAUUUUGGAAUAAAAACUCUUGAAGAAAUCAAAUCAAAGAAAAUGAAGGAAAAAUCCAAGAAGCAAGGUGAAGGUUCUUCAGGAGUUUCCAACCUUCUACUCCAACCCCAACCAGUUCCAGGUCCCGAAAAAGAGAAUGUCCGAACUGUGGUGAGGACAGUAACUUUGUCAAGUAAACAAGGAGAUGAACCCUUGGUUAGAUUGAGUCUCACUGAGAGACUGGGCAAACGAAAAUUUUCAUUUGGUGGAGACAAUGAUCCACCAUUAAAGCGUAGCCUUGCACAGAGACUGGGAAAGAAGGUUGAAACUCCAGAAACGAACCCUGAUAAAACAUCAAAGAAAGUUCAAGUUUCCAAAUCUCUAAAGGAGCGAUUAGGCCUGUCUGCUGAUCCAAACAGCGAGGAGGCAACAGAGAAAGUUACUAAAGUUGGUGAGAUCCAUGUGAAGACAUUAGACGAAAUUCUUCUUGAAAGAGCCAGUCAAAAACGUGGAGAAUUGCAGACAAAACUCAAGACAGAAGGACCUUCAAAAGCUGAUGAUUCCACUUCAGGAAUGAGAAGCUCCUCCAGUGUCCGAAUCAAAACCUUCUCUGAGGUCCUGGCUGAAAAGAAACAUCGGCAGCAGGAAGCUGAGAGGCAAAAAAACAAAAAAGAUGUAACUUGUAUCAAGUUAAAGACUGAUAAUGAAAUGAAAAUACCAGUGGUUUUGCCACCCAUAUCUGCCAGUAAAGGACUCUUAGAGGAGCCAGCAGUUAAAACACAAUCCAUGCAGGAGGUGCGCAUCAAGACGCUGGAGGAGAUUAAACUGGAGAAGGCACUGAGAGUGCAGCAGAGCCGUGAGAGCAGCCCCAGGCCCCAGCCCCAGCCUGAAUGCUCGCCAGCUACAAGGCGGCUGCUGCGCAUCACCAAAAGAACUGGUAUAAAAGAGGAGAAGAGACUUCAGGAAGGAAGUGAAGUUGCAUCUCAGAGUACUGUUACUAGAGCAGAGGCUAAAGAGGCUCCUGGUGAGACCACAGGGGGUGACACCACUAAAAUUCAAGUCAAGAGAUGUGAGACCAUGAGGGAGAAGCAGGUGCAGAAACAGCAGGAGAGGGAAACCCCGCAGAAGGAAAAAUCCGUUUUGACACUCCUUCAGGGAGAUGUCACCUCUUGCAAUACCCAAGUGCUCGAGAAAGCAGUGCUCAGUACUGUCUCAGGCAUCACUCGGCACCCGACAAAGCGGCUGCCCACAAAGCCAUCCCAGAAGUUGGAGGUGGAAACCUCAGGGAUCGGGGAUUCAAUAUUGAAUGUGAAAUGUGCAACACAGCCCUUGGAAAAAAGGGGUAAAGCUAAACCCAAAGUGAAUGUGAAGCCAUCUGUGGUUAAAGUUGUUUCAACCCCCAAAUUGGCCCCCAAACGCAAGGCAGUAGAGGUCCACCCUGCUGUCAUUGCAGCUGUGAAGCCAUUGAGCUCCAGCAGCGGUCUGCAGGAAUGCCCCGCCAAAAGAGCAGCUGUGGCUAUUGUCCCAAUCCUCGCUGAGGACAAGUCAGUCACUGUGCCUGAGACAGAAAAACCAAGGGACAGUCUUGUGCCAUCUCCUACUCAGUCCUCUUCAGAUCCAUCGCCAUCGGAAGUGUCCGGUCCAUCCUCAUCCCAAGUGUCUGUAAAAACUCGCCGACUCAGCUCCACUUCAUCAGGAAAGCCUCUACUCUCUGUGGAGGAUGAUUUUGAGAAACUAAUCUGGGAGAUUUCAGGAGGCAAAUUAGAAGCUGAGAUCGACCUGGAUCCUGGGAAGGAUGAAGAUGAUCUUCUGCUUGAGUUAUCAGAAAUGAUUGAUAGCUGA